AUGUCGUGGUCAUCUAUCCUCCCCAGCAACCUUGAGUACAUAGAGGUCUGGAUCACUCGGUUAUUUCUUAUUCUCGCCGGCUUAGUGCUGGGACCAUGGCUCCUACUCGUAGUCUACGACUUCUUCGUUUACAUCUUCCGAAUAGUCGCAUAUGAGAUCCCUUUCAUCGGUGGAAGAGCUCAGAACCGCCCAAGGCCACGAGCACCGAGCUUGAGUGAGCGACCAAGCGGAGAGCCUCGGGAGUUCAGGAUGUCGGUACCGGUCAUAUCUAUACCACCAGAAGCAGGGCAACAAGACGAGCAAGGUGGAGCAGAGAGCAUGCAAAGACUUCAGGAAGGCCGGAACCGUCGGAGGAGGCCUCAGAAUCCUCCGCCAAAUGAAUAA